AGAGAAGAGAAAGCAAGAAAAGAAAAAUGAAUGUUUGUAACAGAGUUUCUGCAAUGAGGAAAUCAUCAUCGUCUUCCUCGAGAGUUCUGUGUAUAAUCCUAAUGCAAUUGAUUUUGGUGUCUGGGUUUUUUGCAAUCCACAGUUCUAGGGGUUCUGGUUUGGUUUUUUCUCAAGAAAACUUUCCAUGGCCGCUGGGGUUUUCUCUUCCUUCUACAACAAAUGUUUCAAUCACUUCUGACCUCAGCAACUCUGCCAAUGCACUGAAAAAAUUGAGCAAAUUGGAGAGGGUUGAGGCUGUUCUCAGACAAGUUAGAGCUGCAAUCAGACAAGCCCAAAGUGAAAAUCAAACGUUUGAGGACCCUGACUAUGUUCCCAGUGGUCCGAUGUAUCGGAAUCCUCAGGCAUUUCACAGGAGCUACCUAGAAAUGGAAAAGCAUUUUAGAAUAUAUGUUUAUGAAGAAGGUGAGCCACCGGUGUUCCACUACUGCUCCAGUCAGGGAAUUCUGGGCAUUGAAGGAAUCCUCAUUCAUCAGAUUGAGAUGAGCAAAUUUGUCACCAAAGAUCCCGAGAAAGCUCAUGUCUUUUUCCUCCCAUUCAGUGUUUACUCAUUGGUUAGCUAUGUCUACAUCGUUGAUUCCCAUCAAAAGAAACCAAUGCAAAACACAGCGGCGGACUAUAUACACAACAUCUCUAGAAAGUAUCCUUAUUGGAACCGAAGCCUCGGCUAUGAUCAUUUCAUGCUCGCUUGUCAUGAUUGGGCCCCCAAAAUUUCCCGUGCAGUUCGAAAUCUGUACAAGAACUCGAUCAGGGUUCUCUGUAACGCGAACACAUCGGAAGGAUUCAAGCCUUCUAUAGAUGUGUCGUUGCCGGAAAUCUAUCUUCCUCAAGGAAACAUGGAGGGAUUGAUCGGAGGGCCGCCGUCGUGGGACCGUUCUUUGUUGGUGUUUUACGCCGGAGGAAUCCAUGGCUACAUUAGACAAGUGAUGAUGGAGACGUGGGAAAACAAGGAUACAGAAGUGCAGAUUCACGAGUAUCUUCCGAACAACUUGUCGUAUUAUGGGAUGAUCCGAAAGAGCAAGUACUGCAUCUGUCCCAGCGGGUACGAGGUUGCUAGUCCGAGGAUGGUGGAGGCGCUGUACAUGGGAUGUGUUCCUGUGCUGAUAAAAGACCAUUACGCGAAACCGUUCGCGGAUGUCUUGAAUUGGGACACGUUUGCUGUGGAUAUUCCGGUGAAGGAGAUUCCGAAUCUUAAGAAGAUUCUGUUGAGUAUACCUCAGAGAAAAUAUUUAAGGAUGCAGAAGAGGGGCACUCAAGUUAGGAAGCACUUUGAAGUGAACUUUCCCCCGAAACGGUACGAUGUUUUUCACAUGAUUCUUCAUUCCAUUUGGCUAAGAAGACUCAACAUUGAAGUUCAUGAAACUUAAAGCUAUUUUAAUUAGCGCCUUAAAUGAAACUUAUCAUCCACUAGACCAAUGUCUUGAAAUGCACAAGAUACUACAUUGUAAGAGAUUCAGUAGUAUUAA